AUGAAAAAGAAGAAAGAGGAGCAGGAGCAGGGGAAGAAGUGGGGCAGAAAGUGCCUCCGGCUCGAGGAGCCAGACCCACCAGCCUCUCCGGAGGUCGUGCACCUCGAGCCGCCCUACAAGGACUUCUUCCACUGGGGCCAGCGCCUGAUCGACACCGGCGCCGGCGGCAACUACUGCGACGAGCCGGUGGGAGAAGAGCUGGUCGCAGAGGCCCAGGACCUGCUGCGGGACCGCUUCGACGCACUGGUGCCCAGGUGGUACGAGGAUGAUGGAGUGACGCUGCAGCGGCGGAGCGAGAUCGAACGCGGUUUCGAGGUGUCGUGGGGCAAAUACGAGGCCAAGCGGGUGCUCGACAAGGCGGACAACAAGGUGCGCGUCUUCAACUCCGCCCUGCCUCCUUCCGACGCCCGAUUCGAGAUCACCUACGUUGACUUCGAUGACUCCUCCAUUGAGUAUGGCUUUCUGGUGGACAGGCAGACGAGGGAGUUCGUGUUCGCCGGCGUGUUCGGGGGCCAUCCGCACUGCGGCACGGCCAACUUCUCCUACGACAAUUCCGACGGCAGCGGGCCGUCCCUCUUCCCGUCCGACUUCUACGAGCAAGGCCAAAACGGAGAAGAAGAAGAAGAAGAGAACAAGGAGGAAGUGGAGGUGGACCCCGAGAAUGUGAUCGAAACAAGCACCCAGGCCGCGAAGGAGCUCAUCGCUGCCGUCAAGAAACGUAUCAGCGAGUUCUGUCUCAAUCGCUACCAUUGA